AUGACUGUUGUGAAGCAGCUGUUGCGUCACGCUCUCGACCAGCAGAUGGCGCAAACUCACCGCGUGUUACAUAAAACAACAGAAGAAGAAGAAGAGAAGCGCACAGGAUCAAUGUUCAUCAUGAGAGAUCAGAUGGAUGUGAUGUGCUGUAAAUCAGUAGGAACUGAUCUGUCCAUGCUGGAUAUUGAUGAUUUGAUGACAGAAAUCUAUCAGCUGAAGAAAGAGGUGGCGUUACUGGAGUCAAAGCUCAGGCAGAGAGAUGAACUGAACACAAAGGAUGUAUCUGGUGUCUCUCUCUGUGGCUUUACUGAUCAAACAUCUACAGAUCUUCUGGUUUCUGUCUGUAAUGAAGACCAGAAGACAUCAGUGAAUCUGCUGGACUGUGGGAUAGAAGUGAAACAAGAAGUCACAGAAGCAGAUGAAGGUUAUUUAAUUUAUUCAGACCUGAUGGAGCCAAAAGAAGAAAUUACAAAUUCAAGAGAACAGACAGAUCAAGAACUGAAAGCAAUAAAGGAGGAAAUUUCACAACUCAAUGAAAUGGAGGAGAAACCUCAUCAUUUGAUACCCAAGGAAGAAUCUCUGAGCUGCUUGAUUACUGUGAGGAAUUUGUCACCUGAAAGGAACCACAAGCAAAAGACAACAGCCAAAAAUUCUCUUAUUUGUCUUCAGUGUGGAAAGACCUUCCCCUAUAAAUAUAAACUUAAUAAGCACAUAAGAAUUCACACUGGAGAAAAACCUCAUAGAUGUGAUCAGUGUGGAAAAAGUUACAUGAAUAAAUGGCACCUUAAUGACCACAGGAGAAUUCACACUGGAGAAACACCCUACAGAUGUGAUCAGUGUGGAAAAAAUUAUUUGAAUAAAUGGCACCUUAAAGACCACAUGAGAACCCACACUGGAGAAAAGCCCUACAGAUGUGAUCGGUGUGGAAAAACCUUCGGUCGCAAGUCUUGCCGUAAUGUUCACAUGCAAAUUCACACUGCAGAAAAACCUUACAAAUGUGAUCAGUGUGGAAAUACCUUUAAGAGUAGAUGCUCCCUUACUGUUCACAUGCGAAUUCACACUGUAGAACCUUACAAAUGUGAUCAGUGUGGAAAUACCUUCAGGAAUAGAUGCUCCCUUAUUGUUCACAAGAGAACUCGCACUGGUGAAAUACCUUACAGUUGUGAUUUGUGUGGAAAGAGUUUUAAGAAUAAAUGCUCCCUUAUUGUUCACACGAGAACUCACACUGGAGAAAAACUUUACAGAUGUGAUCAGUGUGAAAGAACCUUCACUCGGGAGACUGAAUUUAAUGUUCACAUGAUAAUUCACACUGGAGAAAAACCUUACAGAUGUGAUCAGUGUGGGAAAAGUUACAUGAAUAAACGGCCCCUUAUUGACCACAUGAGAAUCCACACUGGAGAAACGCCUGACAUAUGUGGUCAGUGUGGAAAAAUGUUCAUGAAUAAAUGGCACCUUAAUGACCACAUGAGAAUCCACACUGGAGAAAAGCCCUACAGCUGUGAUCAGUGUGGAAAAACCUUUGGUCGCAAGUAUUGCCUUAAAGUUCACAUGAGAACCCACUCUGGUUUUGUGCCAGUGACUUUAUAGAGCCCCAGGUGUAAUUUAGGCUCUUCAGCUCUCCCUCCACCGUCCUACGCCAGGUAUUCUUGGGUCGGCCUCUUUUAUGUUUGCCAUCUGGUGUCCAGUGAAGGGCAGUUCUUGUGAUGCUUUCUUGCUCUCUACGUAUUACAUGUCCAAUUCAUUUCCAUCGCCUUAUCAUAAUGAUGGUAGCCAUGUUGUCAUAUUUACACUGGAGAAGUAGAAGUUGAUCGGAGAUGGUAUUUUAUGCUUUUAGUGUGGAAGGUCGACAGUUUGUGCAUCGCUUUCAGUUGUUUGCCAGCACUCAGAUCUGUAUAGCAGUGUACAGGGUCAGAUGCAGAUGGUUUUCAAAUCCCAAAGUCCGCAUUUAAACGGAUAGUUCAGCCAAAAAUUAUAAACCUCUGAUUUACUCACCACCAAGCUGUCCGAGAUGCAUAUGUCCAUC